CUGCUCUCCUGGAAAUGAUUGGCUGACGGGCAGGUGGGCGGAUCAGCAGAAAAGCAAACAUUGCCACAGGCUUUGCCACUCUGUACCUGUGUGAGAGCUGCCUUCAGUUCACUUCAGGCUUAGGUCGGAUACCCUUUCUUUUCACCUUUCAGAUCCAUCCAGUGCUUCCCUUUUUCUCCACGCAGACAUGAGGACCACUGUGGUUGCUGUUGUCAUGGUGAUGUGCGGGAUGAUGGCGCACGCUGACGUGAGGCCCCAAAGAGAUUUCAACCUGCAGAGGUUUGCAGGUAAUUGGUACCGGGUGGGUCUGGCCUAUGACUCUCCCAGAUUUGCCCCCUUCAGAGAUAAACUGAAGGCCUCCAUGGGCACGAUCACACCUCUGACAAACGGCAACGUCAACCUGACAAUGUGGGACGCUACACCUUAUGGGUGUGUGAGUAGGGUGUACCAGUAUGAGAAGACCAACACACCUGGACAGUUCACCUACUUCAGCACACGCCACAACAUGGUGAAAGACAUCACAGUGGUGGAUACAAACUACACUGACUAUGCUCUGGUUCUCAAACACAAAGUCUUUCACAGAGAGUACACACAGGUGGCACUUUAUGGUCGCUCUCUGACUGUCAGAAAUAACAUCAUACAGAAGUUUAAAACCUUUGCCAAGUCCCUGGGUUUCCCGGCUGAAUCCAUUCUGACUCCCCCCCCUGCAGAAAACUGUCCACCUUCAGGAUCUGGAUGAAAAGUCCCAUGGUGUACCUGAGAUGAGGGUGUCAGUGGUCUCUGGUGCUGCAGUUUUUUCCUGUCCACUUUUUCCUGACGUGCACUGACACACUGCAAGGAAACUCUAGCAGAAAAUGUCAUCACUUUGGUUUCAAACAUCACAAAUAGCAAACUGAAAUCAAUGUACAAUCCUUUUUCUGUGGUGCUCUACAUCAUGUACACAUUCCUUUUUCUAACCACCAAGCUAAAGACUUUUCACUGUGGUCACCUGUAUUUAACCUUCAUUAAAGCUUCUUUUAGCUCC